AUGUCAGGAGGAAGUAGUGGUGGUGGUGGUGGUGGUGAAUUGUUACAGAAGUGGUUGGAGGGGAAGGUGAAGGCGGCAGCAGAUGCGACGGCGCAGCCAGGGCACAGUGUGGAUGCCACAGCGGAGGCAGAAAAAAUUACAGAGGAGUUGAAGAAAGAUUUUGAGGAAGCAUGGAGAAAAUUGCAAGCGUCGUUGGCGGAGGCGGAGGCGAGGGAAAUAAACACUUUCUGCGGUACGCAGGUGGCACUGGCUGUGGAGGGGGCGGAGGAUAGGAAGAAUUGGCAUGGGAGGAAUGAAUAUGUCAAGGAUCUAUGUAAAGGAUUAAUGGGAAUUCGUUAUUUUAUGAGUGGCAUAAAGGAAUUAGGAGGGGGGAGCAGGAACGUGGAGAUCGAAAGGAAUAUUACGGAAUAUCAGUGGCUUGCUCGAUGCACUGUGGGCAUGCUUGCUCUUUCCGAAAUUUAUGGGGAUCAUUGUAAAUUGGACAAAGUUAUAAGUUAUGUGACACCGAAGGUAGAGGAGAAUUUAAAGAAGUAUUUGAAGAACUCGAAUGAUCAGGCCAUGAUUGAAAAGUGUGAAGGAAAAGUGGAUGCUACCGCUUUAAUGAUUGGUAGAGCAGUUCUAGGUGAUCAAAUCAAACAGUGGGCGGAUGUAGAAAGGAGAAAGGGAAAAAAUGAAAGAGCUUGGAGAUUGGGGCAAUUAUGGCAGGACAAAUGGAAAAGUGUCUGUCCGCAGGAGGGGGGGGAAAUAACUGAAGAGGGGAAGAAGAAAGAGUUAAAGGAGAAUGCAAGGAGCAUGACGAAACUCAUGAGUCUAGACAAUAACAACCAAAAUAAGAAUGGUGUAAUGCCUUUAUCAGACGUUCUCAUAGGUGAAAGUGAAGAUUAUUCAUUGGACCUGAACAAAUUAACAGAAGUAUUUAAGAAAGCACUGGAGAAUACCGGUACUUCUGGCAGUACUAGUAAUGUUAACGUAGCUGGGGCAAUAAUGAAGGAGAUAACGAAGCAAUCUGAUGAAAAAUUAGGUAA